ACACAGUUUGGUUGGGGCUUCACUUGUGAACACACUUAAAAAGAAACUCUUACGAAAAUAAGAAGCCCAAAUUGCAACAACCCACUGUUCAUUAUUAUUGAAGCUGAAGCGGCUUCGUUAGGAUAACUGCGACACGAUGACAAGAGGAUCACCUCAAAGGUCACACAAGAAACACCGGCAUCAUAGGAACCGUGAUAGGUCUCGUUCACCCCUAGAUCACGGUUCUGAUCGAACAUUUGGUAGGGUAGAUGACCGGUCUCCUGAUGAUGCUGGACGUACUGGGGUUGAUAUCUCUCUUUCAGUUUCUGAAACAAAUGCUCUGAGAGCAAAGUUAGGUCUGGCCCCUCUUGAAACUGAGGACACACCCAAAUCAGAGCGAACCACUGAUAAUCAGGCGGAUAAUUAUGUUCAUGCCCCGGCAAAAGAUCUUAGAAAGCUGAAAGAGUCAGAUGCACUUAAAGAAAAGCUGAAUGUUCUAAAGGAAAGGAGAGCUCUUUAUGAUAAACUUGGUCAGGAAAAGCUUUCUGUCCCAACUGAAAAAGAAUCAAAUGUUCAGACAUGGGUAGAAAAGAUGCGAGAGAAAGAACGAAUUCAAAAACAAGCCUCGGAAAGAGCGAAAAUCCUGAGUGAAAUCGAUGACCAACUAGGUGUUUCUGAGUUCGUUGAGUCAAAGUUAGCCACUAAAGAUAAGAAUUAUAAGCCAGGAGAUCUUGCUGGCCUGCGAGUUGAACACAGUGCUGAUCGUUUUGUUGAUGGUCAGUCAAUUAUCUUAACGAUCAAAGACUCAGGUGUUUUGGAUGACUCCGAGGAUGUUCUGGUUAAUGUAAACUUGGUUGAUGAUGAAAAAGCGGAAUUAAACAGGGAAAACUUACGAAAAACUGCCGGUUUAGCUGGAAUCGAAGACCAAGAGGAUGAAGAAGUUCUCCUUGGUUUACGCGCUAAAACUGUGCUAAGCAAAUAUGAUUCGGAGAUAGAUGGUGUUAAAAAAGAUCAGUUCGUUAUUAGUUCCAAUGGUUCUUAUAAUACAGAAAGUGAAAGAUUAUUGAAGCAGUUGCAAGCUGAACUGAAGGAAGGCCGACAAUCCUUACCGGAUACAGAACUUCGUAUAGCUUCAGAAUACUAUUCUACUGAGGAGAUGGCUACAAAAUUCAAAAAGCGUAAACGUCGUGUUAAGACAAUUCGACAAACAUUAACUGCUGAUGAACUUGUAAGUGGGCUGCCUGAACAGUUACCAUCGUCAGACUUAGGAAGUCGUUCAGCACGCAAGGAAGAUCAUGGUCGUGAUGUAUCUUCUGCAAACAUUGUUCAUCCUCCUGAAGAUUUAGCAGCAAUAACAGAAAAUCUAGUCGACGUUAAAGCCGAUUACGAGGAAGAUUGGUCAGCAGUAAGUCAUAUUGAUGAACCAGAUGAGUUAAGAAGUGAAUUAGAGAAGACUAUUGGUCGAGUCAUACAGUCUAAGUCAGCGGUUGCAGUUAAACCUGAAGAGAUUACAUCACAACUAUUGGCUAAAAAUACAGCUGCUCCUCUUCCUGAUCCCUUGCCAAAACCAUCUGCAGGAGUUACAGCAAGCAGUAGUAAGAAAACUCCGAUUGUAUUUGACUCCACUGCUGAAUUCUACAAGUCAAUUGGUAUUGGCUUCCAAGAGAUUAUGAAGAAAAAUGCUCAGUAUAAUCAGUUUCUGUUGAAUCAGUAUAAAUUACAGACUGGUGAGGCUAAUGAUGACAAUGAGGAUGCGACACCAACGCCUACUAGACUGCCAUAUAAAGAGGAAGUAGAAGAAGAAUACCAAAAAAUGGAUUAUGAUUCCGAUGAUGACCUGAAGUAUGGAGGUGUAAAGUCUGAGUCAUCAAAUCGUUGGCAUACUGUCGGUGAUGAUUUGCCAAACAGUUCGACCAGAAGUCAAUCGAAGUCAACAGUUAAAACUCCUGGUUCAGUAAAUAUUAUUAAGCCAGAAAAUCCUGAUAUACAAGGUGUUUUGGAUGAUGAACCACGUUUAGACGUAGGAGUAUUUUCAGCUUUAAAAUUAGCUGAAAAGAAAGGAUAUAUUGAAAAGGAGAAAGAGAAACGUACUGGUGCAGGGACUAUGGUCAAUCUAAUGGCUAAACAUUUUGUUCAAGAGGAUAUACGCUAUGAUGAUAUUGACGCCAAGUUUUAUAAACGUGAUCGUUACUCUGGACCAUUAUCAGAUUUCAAAGAGUUAACACAAUAUAAGCCUGAUAUUAAAUUGGAGUAUGUUGAUGAGUUGGGAAGAGAUUUAAGCGCUAAAGAAGCUUUUCGUCAAUUAAGUCAUAAAUUUCAUGGAAAAGGUUCUGGUAAAAAUAAAACACAGAAACGUAUGAAAAAGAUUAAAGAGGAAUUUCUUCUUAAGGCCAGUACUAGUUCAGAUACUCCACUUGGAACAGUGAAUAAAUUGAAUAAGAAACUUGAAGCUAUAUCAAUGCCUUAUGUGAUUUUAAGUGGGAAAAAUGCAGCUGUAAAGAAGCUUGCAAAAUAACCAAGUCUACUGGGAAUCUCUCUACAUAUUUGAAAUAAUAAUAAUAUUAAUAUUUAGUAAACCAAAUGGUUGCUUAUGUUGUCAUCACCUAUUUUCUACAUACUAACCUCAUCCGUAAUGCAUCUCUCCUGUUGAGUUCCUAUUUCUCUUUCACUAUUUGUUAACCUUCUCUCCCUUGUGUACAGAUGUAAUUAAAAUAAUUUUUAACUUCUUA